AUGGAGGGCUUUGCAAUACCGAAUGUGACGGCUCAAAUCAAGUCCAAGGUUGAAGAGAAAGUGGACUACUCGAACCUACCUUGCCCUAAACCCUAUGAAGAUAUCCACCUUGAGGCUACCAAGACUCUAAAUCCAGAACUCUUUGAGGGUUUCCGCCUCGACUGCACCAAGAGGAUGAACCACAAGUUUUCUCUUAUUCAUAGCUUAGUGAUGGGACAAACUGAAGUUCCUAAUGACCGAUCUCAGCAGAUUGUCAAGAUUCCAACUUCCAGUUAUGAGUUUGGUGCAAGGUUCAUUGACCCAAAGUUGAUGCUCGACGGAAAGCUCAUGACGGAUGGUACCGUUAUUGCAAAAUUCAAGAGCGAUUUAACAGAGAACUUCACCAUCAAGGCUACUGCCCAGCUGAUAAAUGAGCUACAUAAGUCGCAAGGCGUUCUCACCUUUGACCACAAGGGGUCCGACUACAGAGCUCAGCUUCAGCUUGGAAACUACAUGAAUCAGUCUGAGCCUGGAACCAGUUCCCUGUUCAGAGCUAACUAUAUUCAGCAUGUCACACCCAAGCUAUCUUUAGGUGGAGAGGUUUUGUGGCUUAGUGAGCAACGCAAGUCGGUUGUUGGUUAUGUGGCUAGAUACGAGAAUACCAAAAUGGUUGCCUCUGGGCAAGUUACUUCCGCGGGUGUGGCUAUCAUGAACUAUGUCCAUAAGGUUACAGAUAAGACUUCUUUAGCAGCAGAUUUCUUUUACAGUUUUAUGUUAAGAGAAGGUGCAGCUAGUGUUGGGUAUGACUUCAUGUUCAGACAGAGUCGGGUAAGAGGAAAGAUCUAUUCUAAUGGUGUUGUUGCUGCUCAUGUUGAAGAAGAGUUGUGUCCUGGACUCGGUUUGCUUCUAUCCGCAGAGGUGGAUCAUGUGAAGAAAGAUUACAAGUUUGGUUUGGGUGUUAAAUACGAAUAUCCACCGUCGCAAUAA